AUGGGGGGUCUGGCUCGCCUGGUGCUGGCGCUUGGGGCCCCUGCGUGUCAGGGUUUCCCCGAUUGCAGGGGGAGGCUGGUGACGGGAGCCGGGGACCUUCCUUGUGGAGCUGAGUGUGCCAACUGCGCACACCUGGCCCAGGAGCUGGGGACGCUGAGGCGGGCCCUGGGGGACACGGAGGCAGCCACCCGCCCGGCCACCAUUUCCCAACAGUCAGGCUGGGACAGCCCCUCCUGCACCGAAGGCGUGGUUUCCGUGUCCAGGGGCCAGUGCGCUGUGAUGUCCUGCAACAUCUCCAACCCCUUCUUGCACGUCACCAUCUACUUAAACACCAGUGGAGAGGACUCCCAGCCCCUGUUCAGUGUGACGCCCCCAGGCUGCUUCUGCCAGGGUGGGUGGCAGCUGCAGGUCCGGGGAGGCGUGGCACAGCUGGUGAUUCCCAAGGUGAGCGACACCCAGGCUGGGCGCUACAAGUGGCAUCUCCAGGGUCUGCAGAGGAAUGUCAGAGACACCACACUGAACGUUUCAGGCACAGAGGCCCCAGACCUGAACCAGGCAGGAAACGUGUCCUCCGCCUCUUCCUGCAGCCCGCAGAUGGCGUGCCCGUCAGGGGCCGAAGGCCAGUUCCAGCUGGCGCUUGUCAUCAGUGUCAUUGUCGUGCUCGCUCUCCUGGCGGCUACCGGGUUAGCCUGGUGCCGAAGGCACGGUUCGCUGUACUCGAAGCCCCUGCAGGUCUGAGGCCCGGCACCCAGGCUUCUGUUCGCCUGGGGGUCUCAGUCGGUGAAGCGUCCGACUUCGGCUCAGGUCAUG